ACUGGGAGGCAGCCUCGGGAUUAUCUUUUGUAUUAAAAUCAUCGCGGAGUGAUAUGAGUGAACAUUUUGAUUAAUUCACUAAAAGGUUUCAUAUUUCAUGUUUCACAUCCUCAUCAUCAUCACAUAUUAUCCAAGGAGAUAUUUUGUUGACUCACAAUACAACGAAUGUGCCGAACCAUAAAACGAGGUAGCUUUUGACACAGUAAGGUUGAGCGCAUAUUAUUCUUUCCUUGUUUUUAGGUGCCUAUAAUUUCGUCUAAAGACCACUUCCGUUCCGACCAAUAUCUGUCAACAUAUUUCCACCUUUGGCUCGGACACAUCACAAGAACUCGAUUUCAUUGACAGCGAGCGGGUUCAAGAUAAUGACUUUUAAAUUAUUACUGGAGACAAAAAGCGGUCCGUCGACGAACGUUUAACCUUUCUUCGCAUAGCUGAAGACACAGCGCAAUCGCUAUUCGAAGUUACUAUACUUGUGUAAGAACUUAAGAAAAUAGGAAAUUAAGGAAGCGCAUUUUGAUAUUGAUGCUAUGUAUUAAUAGUAAACAGUGGUGUAGGUGCUUAUUAAUGCUGCGGCUGGAGCCCGGACUCGGACGAUACGACGGCGUCUCAGCGUCUCCAUGGUAACACCGCACGGCUACAUAAGCGAGCGCGCACUAGACACACACACAGAUUGUCUAAAACCGGAGAGCGCGCGGCACGCUGUGCAGCGGAUCACCGAAUAGUCUAGUUUGACGUUUCGUAAAUAUAAGUGAAACACUUUUGUUACGAAUCUCAACAAAAUCGUGAAGUAAAGUUUUGUGUUGUGAAUAGACAAUUUUUGAUAUGAUUACCCUAGUGUUGUUUGUUGUGGGAAGCCUAGCGGCAACAGAGGCGUGUGGUGCUGGGAAACAGAUGCUGAGAACUGGAGGGCUGACAGCCUAUGAAAAACAAGCGAUUGUAGACGCUCAUAAUCGUCUCCGGCAGUCAGUAGCUCUAGGACAAGUAUCAAGCCAACCACCAGCAGCUAAUAUGAUGGAAAUGGUAUGGGAUGAAGAGUUAGCCGCAACGGCACAACGUUGGUCUGACCAAUGCACUCCCGCACAUGAUCGAGCGGCGCAACGUGAUGUCGGCAGGUUUCCUGUGGGGCAAAAUCUUGCAGCCACGUGGACCACUCGCCCACCAAGUGACUCUUCUGACUCAGAACCAGACUUCAUGAAACAGAUUAAUGCGUGGUUUGAUGAAGUCAGGAUUUACGGUUUCAAGCCAAUCAGUGGUGGACACGGCACUGGACAUUACUCUCAGUUGGUAUGGGGCGAGACAUCUCAUGUUGGAUGUGGAUACACAUUCUAUUAUGACCCAACCCGCGGAUACACCAAGCUGUAUGUCUGUAACUACGGCCCAGGUGGCAAUGUCAUUGGCUCGAACCCCUACGAAAAAGGACGUCCAUCUUGCAGCGCAUUUGGACUUUCAGAAUCGAGAAAAUACUCUGGCUUAUGCUCGGCCACUUACACGAGCACAUCGAGCUACCAAGUUGACAAUAACAACGGCUACAUCUCGAAUGUCAUCCCCGACAGCACUGGUGAUUCUCCAGCCUUCAACUACCACUUCUAUAACCAAUACAACAACGAAUACCAGUACUAUCAACAGCCACAGACCUACUACAAACCCGAGGCUACCACCUUCAGGCCUCUGAUCAGCAUCUUCAAGACGGCUUCAAAUUUAUUCGUUAAACCCAAAGCUCUUCGGGUUGGAACCGUCUACCUAUAACGCUUUCAACCAGUGGCAUCAUUUUCAUAACAGUAUUUUAAAUAAUUGUGACAGUUGUGUUACUCGACUGAUUUAUUCGAAGCUUAAUACGCUAUCGGAACUUUGUAGAUAACUUUAUUCCUUGGUUUUACAAGGAGCUUAGGACUUUGCUAAUAAACUUUAAUUCACCUUGUGUAGGUUGAAGGUCUAAUAGGUUUAUACUAUAAUUACUUUGCUGUCGUGUAUGACCUUCUAGUAUUAGAUAAGAAUUAAAAUAUGAUGUUGUUAUUUAGAGUAUUUAUAAUUUAUU